UAAGAGUCUACACUGGAACCCACAGCAGACACAACACUCGCACCACACCAAGUUACCCGCACCAACGUCAGACAGCCCGGCCCGACUCCAAUUUUCCAGUGCAGCGCAACGAACAACCGCCAAGCUAGCUCCUCUAUAUUUUCUCCUCACAACUACACCUCAAUCACCUCCAUUCCUACCUACCUACCCACCAACCCACAAUCCUCACAAUGUCCGACCUCGACCGGAUACCGCCCUCAACAGCCGCCUACGUCGUCGCGACCGCAAUCCUCGCCGGCAUCACAGGGUAUUUCAUCGGCCAGGGCUCCACGCUCGGAUUCUUCUCUGCAAACGAGAAGGAAGGUUGGCCGAACAGCUACAAUGUGAAGGUUCAUCGCGACUCGUCGGACGAGGAAUACGACGACGAAUCUGAAGAAGAGGAAGAGGAAGAGGAGGGUGAUGGGAGCGAGCUGGCGAACUUCGACAGCAGCAAUGAGGAAGUGAAAUUGGUUCUUGUUGUCAGGACGGAUUUGGGGAUGACCAAGGGUAAAAUCGCCGCCCAAUGCUCCCACGCAACCCUCGCCUGCUACAAGUACCUCACGACGCACACCCCCAACUCCAGCAUGCUCCGCCGCUGGGAACGACAAGGACAGGCCAAGAUCGCGCUGCAGACAAAGUCCGAGGAGGAGAUGGAGCUGCUGCAGGCGCAGGCGAUCAGCCUGGGUCUCUGCGCGCAGGUGAUCACCGACGCUGGACGGACUCAGAUCGCGAGCGGGAGUAGGACUGUUCUUGGGGUGUUGGGGCCUAAGAGUGUGGUUGAUGGUGUUACGGGGCAUUUGAAGUUGCUGUGAUUGCGUCUUCGUCGCAUUCUGCCAGGAGGCGCGAGGCCACAAUCUCGGUAUAGGACGGGGCAAUGAAUGAUGCACACGGGUGCACUGCACUCAGCCAUUAGGCACAUUAUGUUUGAGCAUCUACAUGCGAACUCAUGUAUAACGAAAUCCCA